CUCAGCAGCAGCGAAGCAGCCCCGCGUCUGCCAUGGUGGCGCUGCACGGUUCCGCGGCCCCGCGGCUGCUCCUCAUCCCCGGCCAAGCAGCCGAGCCCCUGGGCGCCGCAGCCAGCCGGCCCCUCUCCGUGGUGCUCCCGGCCGGGGGCCCGCGCUCCCCCAGCCCGGAGCCCCAGCAGCCUGCCCGCAAGCGGCAGCGACUCACCCACCUGAGUCCGGAGGAGAAGGCGCUGCGCAGGAAGCUGAAGAACCGCGUGGCGGCGCAGAGCGCCCGGGACAGGAAGAAGGCGCGGAUGAGCGAGCUGGAGCAGCAGGUGUUGGAGCUGGAGCAGGAGAACCAGAAUCUGCUGCUAGAAAACCAGCUCCUGCGGGAGAAGACCCAUGGCCUCGCAGUGCAGAACCAGGAGCUGCGCUGUCGGCUGGGGCUAGAUGCGCUGGAGACGGAGGAGGAGGAGAGGGAGCCUAAGGUGGUGAUGGAAUCACAGGUGGAUGAAAUCAGGAUGGUGACCGGGUCCGCUGAGUCCGCAGCACUCAGACUAUGUGUUCCUCUGCAGCAGGUGCAGGCCCAGCAGUCACCCCUCCUGACAAUCUCCACAUGGAUUCUGAUGGCAUUGACUCUUCAGACUCUGAGUCUGAUCUGCUAUUGGGCAUUCUGGACAGCCUGGACCCAGACAUGUUCCUCCGGUAUGGUAAUUCAGAGUCAUCGUGCUUGGAAGAGCUUGAGGAAGAAAUCUGUGGAAAAGAAUCAGAUUCCUUACCAGCCUCCCCCACUCCCUCUGUGGGGUCCUCAUCAGCCAAGUUGGAAGCCAUUAAUGAACUGAUCCGGUUUGACCACGUGUACACCAAGCCCCUAAUCUUUGAGAUCCCUGCUAAAAUGGGCAGCCAAGCUGAUAUGCUAAUGAAAAUAGAG